CAGUACUAACAGUGAAUUACGGAACGCAGUCUGGAUAUACUGCAGCUAAAGCAAACAAGCUAACAAGCAUGAUUUUUACGCAGGUUGUUAGAUAUUUCUCAAAGUAUAUGUAUCGCGGUACUCGAUGUUAUUUAAGUAACGAUCAUGCAAUCUCAGCAUCAAUGGAAAAGGAUAAAAAUGAAAAGCACAUUGUCUGGCUUGACAUGGAGAUGACAGGCUUAGAAGUAGAAAAAUGUCAUAUUUUAGAAGUCGCAUGUUUAAUAACUGAUGAACAGUUAAGGCCUGCGAGUGAUUGCUUAAACAUUAUUAUACAUCAGUCCGAUGAAAUUUUAAAAAACAUGUCCAAUUGGUGCAAAAUACAACAUAAAAAGACUGGCUUAAUCGAAGAUUGUCGUUCAAGUAAAAUUACAUUGGAGGAAGCUCAACAAAAAAUCCUGCAAUAUUUGGAGAGCCAUGUGCCAAAAGGAAUGUGUCCAUUAGCUGGAAAUUCAAUUUACAUGGAUCGUAUAUUCCUCAGAAAAUAUAUGCCAUUGAUAGAUGAUUAUUUACAUUACAGAAUUAUCGAUGUCAGUACGAUCAAAGAGUUGGUUAGAAGAUGGCAACCAAGCAUAGAUAAAACAGUUCCAAAAAAACGAUAUUGUCACAGAGCUGCCAUUGAUAUAGAAGACAGUUUGAACGAACUUUAUUAUUAUAGAGAACAUUUGUUUGUAGUAAAGAAUUAAAGAUGAAAUAAAUAUGC